AUGAGCGUGGGUCCCCUCAGCCCGGGCACCCGCCGGCGGCUUCUCCAGGGUCUGGCAGGCCCCCUCCCGGCGCCUCGGUCCAGAAGUGUGGCCGUCUUCAUCAGCACCGCGAUCUCAGAUAUGGACGCCGAGAGAGAAGCUCUACAGAGCACCGCCUACCCCAAAGUGCAGAACUUCUGCCAAAGGCACGGUCUGAUGUUCGAGGGCCACCGAGCUAAGUGCCCAUGCCGAGGGUUGAACGCGUGCCCCUCUCUCUGCCAGGCCCUUCUCGGUGACCAGUACGGCCCCUGUCCAGUCCCCACGCUGAUCGAGGAGAAGGAGUGGGAGGCUCUGAGGGCCCAGCUGACCUCCAAGCCACGCGACCUGGAGUUGGUAGCUCAACACUUCCGGAGGGACGAGAACGCCGUGCCCCCCGCCUACCUGCUGCAGGCCCUGGGCACCUCGGAGGCCUGUGGGCCCGAAGAGGCCACGCUGACCUCAGUGCUACGCUCUGGAGCCCAGGAGGCCCGGAGGCUGGGCCUCAUCACCCAGGAGCAGUGGCAUCGCUAUUGCUGGUCAGGUGAGGCCACUGGGACGCCCCCUCAGGGUCCACAGGAGAUGCCCCAUGUUCAAACUCGCUCAUUGCAUACUGUCCCAACACCACAGCCCGUACCUCUGUAA